AUGUAAAAAGAAAAAAUUCAAUCUUAAGUGGAUUCAAAAAGAUAAAGCAUAAGUCCUUAAAAUUAAAUGCUUCUAGAUUCACCUGGAUAUCAAAGAUAGAUGAAUAAUUAUGAAUACGAAAUGUUUUUCAGAUCACCUUAAAUCAUUUAUGAGAUGGAUUCUCAAGAUCCCAUUCCUCCUAAUCUAUGUAGAUAAGUUUCUAGCUUUGUUUUAUUUGAUUAAUAACCUUUGAGAUUAAGGUCAGGUAGAUCAUAUAGUAAUGCAAAUUAAAUUUAAAAGUAAGACCUAACUCAAGAUUAGCAAGAAUUUAAUAAAAGAUUUGGAGAAUUACAGGAUAAAGAACACUUAGAGUUAGAUAAUAAAAAGUAUAAAGAUACUAAUUCUCCUCAAAAUUAGAAGAGUUUGGAUAAAUAAGCAUUUAAAAUUUAAAUAAAGAAUUUUAAUAAGUUCAGUGAAAAAUAACAACAGCCUUGUAAUUGUAAGAAUAGUGGAUGUCUUAAAAGAUAUUGCAGAUGUUUUCAUAGUGGGAAAACUUGUAUAGAAGAAUGUUAGUGUUCAGAUGGAUGUUUGAAUAAUGAACAUAAUUUAUAAGAAAGAAACAAAGCAAUUAAACAUGUAAAUGAAAAAUGUUAUAGAAACAGAAAGAUUCCUAGAGAUGCUUUAUUCAAAUUGGAUAUAAUAUAUGGAUGUUCUUGUACGAAAUCUAAAUGUAGAAAAAGAUAUUGUGAAUGUUAUUUAAGAAAUCAGAACUGCACCCAAAAUUGCAAGUGCUUUGAUUGUUGUAAUCAACCUAAUUUCAAUAAAUGA